AUGACGACCACAAAGGACCUGGACGCAAAGUUACGAGCGCUGCGGGCUAAGACGCUGAUGGAAGAGAAAGAAUGGAGAGAUCAAGGUUGUCGACUUUAUGAGUAUGAGGAAAAGUUUUUGCGUGAUACUCUGCUGGAAGGCAACAUCCUCAUGGGCUGGGGAGAGCCUCGUACGGCGCCCGUGCGAUUCCGCAACGCUGGAGUGCGGAAGCGCAAACGUGAACGGCAGGAGGCGGCAGCAAAGCACUCUGGAGAUCUUAAUGGUCUUUUCUUACCCGCAUUGUCCACUGAAGAGCAGCUCAAGGUAGAUCGCCAUCGUUUGGCGUCCUAUUCGUCCCUGCAAUCGCCUGCGGAGCCACUGUACGCGACGCUUAAAGAGCGCGAACGAAAGUUAAUGGAAGCCAAGGUUAAAAAGUGUAAAAGGCCAGCAGUUAUUAAGUAG